AGCAAGUUGAAUCAAACAACUUACCUUUCAAUUUAUCAUCAAUAGUAGAAGAAAUCAAGCAUAGACAGAAACAAAAAGAACAAAAAUUGAAAAAAUCUGAAGUAUACUUACAAGAUAAAUUAAAGAGAGAUUCCUAUUUAGGGAUGGCAACGGUCGGUCAUGGUCGGUCACGGUCAAUAACCGCCGGUUAUUGCUCAAUAUCAAUGACCGCUAUG